AUGGAGGAAUUCAAACAGAUUUUUACUGAUUUCUACCAAGAAGUUAUUCAAGCCUUUGAACAUUUCUCAGAAUUUGUGAAUACUAAACUGUGCCAGCAAUUGGAGGAAAAAAGUGAUAAAAUUGAAAACUACAACAAUGAUAAAGAUGUCAUUUCAAGGAAGAAGAUUGGGAUUCAGAUCCUGGAGCUAAAAGGUCAAUGUGGAACUGAAUUGGAGAAUCUUGAUGUUUUCCAUGUAAAAAAAGACAUGGCAUUUGCUCCUCCCAAAAACCUGGAAGGUCCCAAGAUGCAAACAAAGAUGAGCACAUGGACACCACUGAAUCAUCAGCUCAUGAAUGAUAAGGUAUUUGAAGAAAGAAGAAACUUGUUGGGGAAAUGGUUUGACAAAUGGACAGACAGUCAAAGGCGAAGAGUCCUGACAGACUUCUUGGAGCGCUGCUCCCUUUCACAGCUGAAAUUCUGUUUCAAACUACUGCAGGAUCGAGUGCCAGUUGAAGCACUGGAUUUCACCACCCAGCUUCCCCGAGUGUUAACUUUGUACAUCUUUUCUUUCCUGGAUCCUCGGAGUCUCUCCCGAUGUGCCCAGGUAAAUUGGCACUGGAACUACUUAACCCAGCUUGAUCAACUCUGGAUGCCAAAAUGUCUACGCUUUGGGUGGUAUAUCAAUUUCUCUCCAACUCCAUUUGAGCAAGGAAUCUGGAAGAAACAUUAUAUUAAGAAGGUAGAAGAAUUUCUAGUCACCAGACCUAAGACCCCACCAAAAGAUGAUUUUGUGGUGGCUGAUGUUCAGCCAAUAACAAAAGAUGUUCCAGAAAUGAAACAGUCUUUGUUGUCAGCCCUCCAGUCAGCAUCUCUAUUAAGAAGGAAGAUAAACAAGGAGAAGAGAGAGCUCCCACCUUGGCGUUCAUCAGAUAAGCAUCCAACAGAUAUCAUUCGUUUCAACUACUUGGAUAACUUUGACCCCAUUGAGCAGGCAAGGCAGGCUAGAAGGAAAGGAGGAGGUCUCACUCCAGACCUCAAUCAGUCAGCCUUUCAGAAAAAGAGGAAACCAGGCAGUGGAACGUACAAACUCCGAAAAGCAAAGUCUCUGGUGUCCCUCUCGGCAGAACUUGCAGGCUUGCAGGCAGAAGUUCCAGUUCGCCCAAGCUGGGCUAUGCAUCAGCCAAACAGCUGCCCUCUGACUAAAUCAACAGCUAAAAUAUUUGCUCAGAGUGCUCAGUGGAAUGCUGGGAUACGUCCUGCACCUGCCCGAGGGCCAGUCCCAAAGCUGAGUGAGAAAGGAAAGAAAGCCUUUACCCGAACUAGCAGAAGCUCACCAACAUCACCACUGUUUGAAAGUCAACCCUGGGAAGUUCCAUCAUCCAGCUAUGUAUCUGAUCCAGAGCAAGAAGAUAGAGAAAAGAGACCACUGCAUCACCACUGACUUAGUCUCCAAAAAGAAAAGGCACUUGUUCAGUUAUUGUUAAGUGAAAUGUCUCUUUCUCUGAAGAGUUUGUGUUUGGACAAGGAUGAAGAAUCACGUGGAUAAUUGACAGAUUUAUCAUGGCUCUAUUUCUAUAGUGAAUCAAUUAACAGAUACCUUGGUUUUAAAAACUUGUGAAGCCAGGAAGUUGCCAUGUGGCCUUGGAUUGUUUCCCAGCCUCAGAUUCUGAACUGUAGAAUAGAAAUGGUCUCAAUGUAUUUCAUAGGAAUGUUGUGAGGGUGAAUAUUAUAGGGAUUCCAACUGCUCAAUUCUGUAUAUGUUUACUCAUGUAUUCAGUGAAAUUUCCUGAUAACUGAGUAAACAAUAGCAGCUGAGAGCACUUAGAAACUAAUACAAUGAAUCUGAAUGCAGAAUCAGAUUAAUAAAAAAAACAAGUAGAAAAAUGGGGGAAUACUUAAAAUUGGGGUAUAUGUUUGAAUUAUACUAAAUAAUAAUAGGGAAAUAACCAUCAUGUCCUGUGCCAAAUGUAAUUUUCACAUCCAUUUCUGCAUCUCCUCCUCCUGUCCAUCAUGAACAAAUGCUUAUAUAAGAUGAGAGAGUACUUAUAUAAGCAGAAAGGCAGGGUAUACAUUAAAUAAAUAAAUAAAUAACCAUCACCUUUUCAAGUCUACCAUUAUUAGCAUAGAGAUUGGAAGCUCCUUGGAAGAGAGGCCAAUCUUGUUUUGCUUGCGCUGCUUUAGAAAGCAUCCUGUACUGUGACAAUGCUCAUGGUGCACUUGAACAUGCUAAUUAACUUGGAAAUAAAAUGGGGAAGCU